AUGGCACCAAGAUAUUUUGAAGCCAUGUUUCUUGUUGUUGUUGUUGUUGUUCUUACUCUCACAGCGAGUGCUGCACGUUCUUCUAUUCAUGAGGUCCUCCGCAGCCAUGGCCUACCAGCUGGGCUCUUCCCGGAGAGUGUAAAGUCAUACAAUUUGGACCAAAGGGGUCGUUUGGAGGUGAACCUUGAUGGUCCUUGCAUGGCCAAAUAUGAAACAAGAGUGUUGUUUGAAACUGUGGUCCGUGCUAACCUCAGUUUUGGUCAGCUAAAAGGGUUGGAGGGUCUAUCUCAGGAAGAGCUUUUCCUAUGGCUACCUGUGAAGGAUAUCAUUGUGAAUGAUCCAUCAUCAGGUCUCAUUCUCAUUGAUAUUGGUAUUGCCCAUAAACAACUCUCUCUGUCUCUCUUUGAAGAUCCCCCAGUUUGUAGAUCUCAAGGUCUUUCGCUAAAUAUAGCUGGAAGGAAGAGCACUGGAUUUCAAGAUCAGAGAUGAAAGAUUGUUUGUUUGUCUGAAAAGAUGGUUUCUUCUUUUCCUUUUCUAAAUUUUGUUUUCUU